AUGAAUACUGAAGGCACUAGCAAAAGUGUGCCCGAGAUAGAUGGCACCCCGGAAGACCAAUUUGACAUGCAUCGGAUGGGAAAGAUUCAGGAAUUCAAGCGCGACUUUCGUCCACUUGCGGCCCUGAGCUUUUCGGCCGUUCUUCAAGCCACUUGGGAAUUCAUUCUCAUAUCUAAUUCGCAGGGACUGCAGAACGGUGUCUUGCGGGUCUCUUUUGGUCAGAUGGCCUCCAUGGCACCCACAUCUGGAGGACAAUACCACUGGGUAUCGGAGUUUGCGUCUCCCCGCUAUCAAAAAUUUCUUAGCUAUACGACAGGGUGGAUGUCCGUUCUAGCCUGGCAGGCUGGCGCCGCGUCUGGGUCAUUUUUAACUGGGACCAUUAUCCAAGGUCUGCUUAGCAUUCGAGACCCAAACUAUCAACCGCAAAAUUGGCAUGGCACACUGUUUGUUUUUGCUAUGGUUGCAGUAAUUUACUGCUUCAAUGUCUAUGCCGCUAAUUGGAUGCCCCGGAUCCAAAACUUGUUGCUAGCAUUGCAUCUCAUGUGCUGGGUCAUUGUCGUCGUCGUUCUCUUUGCCAUGGCACCACAUAACUCUACGAAGACGGCCUUCACGGAAUUUUCUAACGGUGGAGGCUGGCCCACAAUUGGAACAAGUUUGAUGAUCCGUCAAAUUUCAGCCAUCUACGGCUCUCUUAGCUCCGAUGCGACAGCGCACAUGGCCGAGGAGGUCAAGGAUGCAGGCCGAUAUGUGCCCAUUGCCAUCACCUGGGGCUACUACGGCAACGGCAUUCUGGCCCUUAUCGUGGUCAUUGGGUUUGUGCUUGCACUCCCAUCCGUGCCUGAUGCGCUUACCGACAAAUCUGGGUUUCCUUUUCUAUACGUAUUUCAACAGAUUGUCUCACUUGCUGGAGUCAACGGCCUCACAGCGAUAAUUCUCAUCCCAGCCAUCUUUAGCAACGUUCUGUUCAACGCGUCCACUGCGCGUCAGACUCAUGCAUUCGCGCGCGACAAGGGCUUGCCCUUCUCACGUUGGAUUUCAACCAUCGACUUACGCCGACGAAUUCCUGUGCGGGCAAUUGCACUCUCCUGCAUUAUUAGUGCCUUGCUCUCGCUAAUCAACAUUGGUUCUCCGAUCGCCUUCAACGCUAUCAUCUCGCUUAACGUCGCCGCACUAAUGUACACAUACAUGGUGUCUAUCAGCUGUGUAAUCUAUCGCAAGAUCUAUUGCCCCGAUUCUCUCCCGCCACGAAGAUGGAGCCUAGGCCGCUUCGGCCUUCUCGUGAACAUUAUAGGGCUACUCUACGUACUGUUUUCCCUCUUUUGGUCUCUCUGGCCCCCGAGCCCAUCUGCAGCAGCCCGUGAUUUUAACUGGAGCGUUGUGAUCUUUAUUGCCGUCUUCGCACUCAGUCUAGUUAUGUACAUGUUCCAAGGUCGGCGUCAGUAUGUUGGGCCCGUGGUGACGGUACAGCCGCGGUAUUGA